AUGGAUGUUCAUUACAACAUUACAUAUAUUAUACUUGGAGGGCAUGUACAGCUUUCAAAAUAUAGAUGUAUAUAUUUCUCAAUUACUUUCCUGCUCUUCAUUCUAAUUAUCUGCAGUAAUACUAUUGUUUUAUAUGUCAUCUAUGUACAUGAAAGCCUUCACAAACCCAUGUAUAUUUUUGUUGCUGCUUUGCUAAUGAACGCCCUAUUUGGAAGCAUGACCAUCUAUCCCAAACUUCUUGUGGAUCUACUUUCAGCAACCCAAACAAUAUCCCUCCCUGCCUGCCGGUUACAGAGCUUUUUAAUAUACUUGUACGCUGGUUGCGAAUUCACACUGUUAUCAGCGAUGGCUUUUGAUAGGUAUGUUUCCAUAUGCAGACCUCUCCAAUACCACUCCUUGGUGAGGCCACAAAUUGUCAAAUUAUUUUUGGUUUUGGCCAUUUGUUUGCCCACUUGCAAAUUGGGAAUUGGCAUGAUUUAUUCGGCUCAUUUAGGCCUAUGCAAGUUUGUGUUAAUGAGAAUUACCUGUGAUAACUAUUCCCUUGUCAAAGCGGGGUGUGGGGACUCUUCUGUAAUUAAUGCAUAUGGAUUUUUUGUAAUGGUAUUUUCGGUAAUGCCACAUCUUGUAUUUAUUCUGUUUUCUUACACAAGAAUAUUUAUAAUUUGUCUGAGGAGCUCAAGAGAUUUCAGGAGAGGAGCUCUUAACACGUGUCUCCCCCAUCUUGUUAUAUUGAUGAACUUCACCAUAAUCAUUUUGUUUGAGGUCAUUCAAACCAGAAUCCCUUCUGGCAUACCGCAUAUUGUUCGUCUUAUAGUAUCUCUCCUGUAUGUUAUGAUUCCUCCUCUCUUCAAUCCUCUCAUGUAUGGAUUUAAAAUGCAAGAGAUAUCUCAACGUCUUGUAGCACUAUUCAAGCAGAAAUAA